AUGGAAAGAAAUCUAGAUCCAAACGAAGAAAUCGAUCUCGAAAAUGUAAAAUUUCAAUAUAUUUUCGACAGUUUGCGAAAUGAACUUAAACAACAAGUGAACGUAGUGUCCCGACGGAACUGUCAAUUUGUUAUUGCUAAUCGAAUGAGUAAUCUUUGA